AUGGCCGAAAAGCUGCCACUUGAAAGCCAAAAAUAUCCUGGACAUUCCACCACGAAUCCUGGCCCGAACCAUGAGAUUCGUCGAUCCUACAACUUCGACAUCCGAACGGAGCAGCCCCUGUACGGCAAAAUUCUGGGUGUGAAUUUAUGUCCCAUCGAAAUUGGACUUAUAACGAAUGGCCCCGGCGUUUGUCAUCUACCCAAAAACAUACUCUCAUACCACCCAGGAAGAAUGGAACCGUGCUCUGUUCAUCUGAAUCGAUAUGUGUGGCAUUUUAUGGUGCACGAGGGAAAACCCAGUGUCGCGGCGCAGCUGCUCUGGGAGGGGCAUCGAAAUGUGAUUAUUGAGGAUCCAGAGCUGGAAGGCGCAUCAAGGGCCAAGAUUCGGGAGCUCCAUACGCAGCUUAUAAAGAAGUACGAGGUCUUCGGGACAGAUGAUAUACGUUAUCGGUUCUGCUUGUCUAUUGAUCGAUGCUGUCUUCAAUCGAUCUUGGCAAGUCUGUACCCUCCGGACCUCUGGGACUGGAGGCUGGCGUGGGUAAAAGAAGGUAGGACUGGAGUUGUGAAUCUGCUUGGUAUGCCUGUCUUCCUCAAUCGAGAGGAGGAGGCCGAACACCCAUCUAGAUAUGUUAACUUAGCCCUUUCUUUGAUUAGUUAA